AUGGAUCCAAGCAAGACGCCCGCCUUCCCUCCCCCACCGGGCGUGACGCCCAACUUCGAGAACCCCCAGCGGUCCGACUAUGACAUCUACUCGGUCAACAUUGCGAUGUGUCUGACAGCCACAUUUGUGCUGGCGCUGCGGAUGUACACGCGGGCCGUGAUCCUGCGGACAGUGGCUAUCGAUGACUGGUUCUGUAUUGCCGCACAGGUCUGCGCAUGGAUCUUUGCCAUCCUCGGCUUUGCCAACAUCCAAAACGGCUACGGCGUGCACAUCUGGGACUUGUACCUCGUCAAACUCAAGCCGUUCAAACAGAACGACCUCGCCGCAGAAGACAUCUUCGCCCUCGGCAUCUGGUUCGUCAAAACUUCCAUCCUCCUCUUCUACCUCCGCCUGAACCCAGAGCGCCGCUUCCGCCAAUGGACCUACGCCAUCAUCGCCUUUGUCUUCGUCUACUCGCUCAUCAGCAUCCUCGUCUUCACCUGCGGCUGCAUCCCGGUCACAGCCAUGUGGGACAUGACGCAAAUGGCAACAGCCAAGUGCGUCGACCAGCUGGCGUUCGUGUACGCCAACGCGGCGUUCAAUCUGCUGUCUGAUCUGAUGACGCUCAUCCUGCCGAUCAGGCUGUGCUGGGCGCUGCAGACGACGCUGAAGCAAAAGGUUUUGUUGUGCAUGGUGCUGGCGAUGGGUUCCUUCGCGUGUGUGAUUGCCAUUGUGCGGAUUGUGACUAUGAUGCCGUUUGUGCAUUCGAUGGAUUUCACGUGGUACAAGGUCACGCUGGCCAAGUGGGCAAUGGUCGAGAUCAACGUGGGCAUCAUCUGCGCCUGUCUGCCUGUUCUGCGGCCGCUGCUGCUGCGGAUCUUCCCUCGGUUGGCUGGAUCCAAGAAUUCUAGCGGGGAUAAGCACACCGACGAGAGCUAUACCAUGCGAGACACCGGGUCCAAGCAGAAGAAGAAGGGCAUCCGGAACUGGGAUUACCUGACGACUGUCGGGACGCAAAAUCCUCGAGAGGACGACGUGGAGAGUGUCAAUGUGCGGCCGAAUGGGAAGAGCGACAGCCAGGAGGGGAUUAUCAUGUCGACUGAGACGAAGAUUACUAUAAACAAUCUUGCAGUGGUGCUGAGCAAAAGGGGAAAACACGAGGAAGCUGAAGGCUUCUGUCGGCAGGAUCUGGAUCAGAUGAGGAAGAGGCUUAGAGAACAGAAUCCAUACAUGCUCAAGUGUAUGUUGACAUGGAAGGACAAGGAAGCCGAGGGCCUGUGUCGGCGAACAGUGAAGUUGCGGGAAAAGGUGCUGGGCAAAGAGCAUCCACACACACUCAUGAGCCUGUCUAACCUUGCAGCCGUACUCGAGUUACAAGGGAAGCGAGAAAACGCAGUGGCUCUUAUGGAAAAGUGCUACCAGUUACAAUUUCAGGAGUUGGGGCCAGACCAUCAUAUGACACGGUCUUCUCGCAGACCGCUGAAUGUUUGGAAACUUGAGGGUCAAUAA